GGGAGGAGCAUCGGGCGAGGGAGCCUCUGCGGCAGCGGGCAGGCGCAUCUCCCUGCCUGUUUCUUAGGGGCGCAGCUUCUUUCUGGUCACCCCUGACAGCUUCGACAAAGCUUUUGGGUUUAUUAGUGCCUCUGGUUCAACGCUGGUGUGUGCAGCUAGCACCGUUUUGUGAUUUAUUUGAGGUAUUUUUGUCUGCUGGGGGCAGGCAGAACUAAACCCUUGCUCUAUCCCUGCAUUUAGCUGAGCAGCAACCUGUGUUUCUACCAGUGCCACGCUAAAGCUCCAGGGGAAGACUGGCAAUGAAGAGAAGCUAUGAAGGGAACAUCUGCAUAGAAGGCAGACACAGGAUUCCAGCAACAAUGUCGAAGCAUCAUGAUGCAGGGACGGCUUUCAUCCAGACCCAGCAGCUGCACGCUGCCAUGGCCGACACCUUCCUGGAGCACAUGUGCCGCCUGGACAUUGACUCGGAGCCAACCAUUGCGAGAAACACCGGAAUCAUCUGCACCAUCGGCCCAGCCUCCCGCUCAGUGGACAAGCUGAAGGAAAUGAUUAAAUCUGGAAUGAAUGUUGCCCGCCUCAACUUCUCUCACGGCACCCACGAGUAUCAUGAGGGCACAAUCAAGAACGUGCGAGAAGCUACAGAGAGCUUUGCCUCUGAUCCCAUCACCUACAGACCUGUGGCUAUUGCACUCGAUACCAAGGGACCUGAAAUCAGAACUGGACUCAUUAAGGGAAGUGGCACAGCAGAAGUGGAGCUCAAGAAGGGUGCACAGCUCAAAGUGACCCUGGACGAUGCCUUCAUGGAGAAUUGCGAUGAGAACGUGCUGUGGGUGGACUACAAGAAUCUCAUCAAGGUUAUAGAUGUUGGCAGCAAAAUCUACGUGGAUGACGGUCUGAUUUCCUUGCUGGUUAAGGAGAAAGGCAAGGACUAUGUCAUGACGGAGAUUGAAAACGGUGGCAUGCUCGGCAGCAAGAAGGGAGUGAACCUGCCCGGCGCCGCGGUCGACCUGCCCGCGGUCUCCGAAAAGGACAUUCAGGACCUAAAAUUCGGUGUGGAGCAGAACGUGGAUAUGGUGUUUGCUUCCUUCAUCCGCAAAGCUGCCGAUGUCCAUGCUGUCAGGAAGGUCUUAGGGGAAAAGGGAAAGAACAUCAAGAUCAUCAGCAAGAUCGAGAACCACGAGGGUGUGCGCAGGUUUGAUGAGAUCAUGGAGGCCAGUGAUGGCAUCAUGGUGGCCCGUGGUGACCUGGGAAUCGAGAUCCCCGCUGAAAAAGUCUUCCUCGCCCAGAAGAUGAUGAUCGGGCGUUGCAACAGGGCUGGCAAACCCAUCAUCUGUGCCACACAGAUGUUGGAAAGCAUGAUCAAGAAGCCUCGCCCGACCCGCGCCGAGGGCAGCGACGUUGCUAACGCCGUCCUGGACGGAGCGGACUGCAUCAUGCUCUCUGGAGAGACAGCCAAGGGAGACUACCCGCUGGAGGCUGUGCGCAUGCAGCACGCUAUUGCCCGGGAGGCCGAAGCCGCCAUCUUUCACAGGCAAUUGUUUGAGGAGCUGCGUCGUCUGACGUCCCUCAACUGCGAUCCCACCGAGGCCGCUGCUGUUGGCGCUGUGGAAGCGUCCUUCAAGUGCUGCAGCGGGGCCAUUAUUGUCCUCACCAAGUCUGGAAGGUCCGCACACCUGGUGUCCCGGUACCGCCCGCGCGCUCCCAUCAUCGCUGUGACCCGUAACGACCAGACGGCCCGCCAGGCCCACCUGUACCGCGGCAUCUUCCCCGUGCUCUGCAAAGAUCCAGCCCACAGCUCGUGGGCGGAGGACGUGGACCUCCGCGUGAACCUGGGCAUGAAUGUUGGCAAAGCGCGUGGGUUCUUCAAGAGCGGUGACCUGGUCAUCGUCCUGACGGGCUGGCGUCCCGGCUCCGGCUACACCAACACCAUGCGCGUGGUGCCCGUUCCCUGAGCGCUGACUCCAACCAGCCACUGUCCCCUUCCCCCAGCCCCCUCCCCUUGCCUUAGACCAGCCAUCGCUUGCGAUGUUCCCCUUGGCCCUAGACUGGAUGUAGGUUGCUAAACACCACCCAGCGCAGCAGCAGCAGCAGGGGAACAGACCUUAAAUCACUAAAAAAGAAAAAUAUACUUGAAGUGUUUAGGUUAUUUUUUUCUUUUUUAAGUUCUCCCUCCAUGUCUGUUGGAGUCGGUGUAGUCCCAGUGCAGCUGAGACUCCUCGUAGCCUAGUGACUGUCCUCAGGGUGUGAAAUGUCCCUUUCCCUGCCCUAUUUUGGGGUGAUAGGGAAGGGCAGAGGCCACGUGUGGUCAGUGGUUCCCCUGUCCCCUUCCUUCCCCGUCCUGUGCAGCCAGAACCCCCCACAGACCAAAUCCCAGGUGUCUUUGGCCCCUCUAAGCUGUUUAUUUUUGGGAGUGGGGGGAGAAGAAGGGUAUUGGCUCUGUGUGAAGAGCGUCCUGCACUCCCUGCAGCCUCACGUCUCCGUGUUAGUCGUGUCCCCCCCAGAGCCCUCCCGCUCCCCUGCACUCCCGGGCCCCUGGGGUGGGCGAGCACCUGCCACUCUUCAUCAAUAAAGAGAAGCUGAAGCA